AUGAAUUUCUUCAAGAACAUUUUCAACGACCCGAAGAACGAAAUUCAGAAGACAGUCAUGGGAGAUCCUUUUGAAACAAAGAACCAAAUCCAAAGUAUUAAUACAUCGACGAUUCAAUGUGAUGUGUUUACCUCUGUGAGGAAGAUCGAUCGAACAAAAGGUACCACAUUUGUCUAUGAGACCAAUUUCUAUAAGUCUUCCAAACAACUCAACUUCCCGCAAUUGAUGGAAAAGAAGCUGAAGACACUGAGCUUCAAAGCACUUCCGAAGAUAUUGGAAGUGAAUGAAACGGGCAACAAAGUACAAAUCACGACAGAAGAAAUGUUCCCCAUAGCCGAUAAAAUAACUGAGAUAAGAAAGAAGCCCGACUUAUUAAUAUGGGCAGUGUAUAACGUCGUUCGGAGUGUCGACUACUUACACUCGAAAAACUUGUUACAUGGCAAUGUCAAACCGCAGUCGUUGUAUGUCACAAAGUCAUUAGAAGUCAAAUUGUUUGGGUUUGAAUACCUCUCCGAGUUCUCGGGAAUCGCCAAUUCACCGUUUGAAUGUAGAAUGCAGACCGAUCCACAAAUCCUCGAUGACGUCUACUUACCACCAGACCCUUCGAAUUAUCGACAAAACGUUCAAGGCGUCGACUCGUGGGGUGUUGCGGCAGUCAUGUGCUAUUUGUUUGGGACAAACAUAACGAAGAAGUCGAUGGUGGCGACGUCGCCAUCUAUACCAAUGGAGUUAACAUCGUUCCAUAAGAGCAUCAAUUCAGUGAAUCACACUGAAAGACAGAACGUCGCGAUGAUGCUCACACUACCGUUCAUCACGCAAAAUAGGUUCUUGGCGAUCCUUAACACACUCGAGAACUUCUCGACGGUCGACGCGUUUGUGAGGGAAUCGUUCUUGAGGAAUAUGGCAAGUCAAUUUGACACUCUGCCACCGACGUUCAGACAAUACAAAUUGUUAGAAGCGUUUUUGAGUAUCAUGAAAGAUGGAAGGAAUGAGGCCGUCGCUGUUGUGGAACCUGCUAUGAGACUGACAUCUUCGAUAUCACAAGAAGACUUCGACUCCGACGUGCAACCAACUAUUAAAAUAUUGUUACAAACGGGAUCGCCAGUAGUCAAGUCGGCGAUGUUAGCGCAAGCGAGUUUGUACGUCAACAAGUUGCCCGAGAACAUUGUUGGUGGGUAUUUGUACCCAAUGCUUUCGUCGUCAAUGCAAACGACAUCGACUGGUUCAAUGAAAGAUGCUGCCGUGCGAUCUCUUGUGUGUCUUGCGCCGAAACUUCCCGACUCCACGUUGAAUGGCGAAGUGUUCAACUUUUUGUUGAACACGUUGAAUGAUGCGGAGAGUAUUGUGAGAAUCAACACGGUGGUGUGUAUUGGGAAAAUCGCGUGUUAUUUCAAAGCAGAGAAAAAAGGCAAAUUGAUUGCGUCUGCGUUCUCGAGAAGUAUGAAAGACGGUGUUGCGGAUAUGAAGAAGGCAGCUACUAUUAUGGUCUCACAGAACAAAUACGCAAUUGACCCUUCUGUAUGUGCAAAGGAUGUUGUACCAUACUUAUCACUUGCGUUAGUCGACUUGGACCCACAAAUUCGUAGAGCAGCUAUAGAAUGUUGGGACGUAGUUGCGAUCACAGUGAAAGAGUAUGCACUCACACUAGAUAACCCGUCCUAUAUCCCAAAAUAUCCAAAGGAAGGGGAGAACAUAGGGUUACGUGUGGGUGGAACUACACAAGUGAUGGGACAAGCAGAUAUCUUCUCGGGAGAGUCGACUACUUUCACCCCACAGUCUGCGGCACAAGUCCCGAAUAACACCCCAGCCUCUACUCAACAAUCUACCUCACCAAGUACACCUUCUUCCUCACAAAGUGCACCACCCCAACAACAAAAAACACAGCCACAAAAACCUAAACCCGCCGUUAAAGCAGAUGACUGGGAUAGUUGGGCGGCUUCGUUUGAACAACAAACAAAAUCAAAGCAACCACAAAUUGCAGCGACUGCAUAUAACCCCGCAAAACAAGCUCAACCAAAACCACAAGCGAAAAAGCCAACUACAAAGUCGAAUAACGAUUGGGGGUUCGAUUACGACUCCGGAGCAUCAGGAAGCUCUGCAAUGCCAUCCUUCAUCUAA